AUGGGUCCAGAAGACUUGAUUUGGAGAAUGGAUGACUUGACAGCCACACUUGUACAGCAAUGUCACCAGUCCCAAGUUACUGUGCAGAGAAUCAUCGUGACCACUGGGGAUAAUGACGCCUUGCUCUUUGAAGUUUUAAAUGUGAAUGAUGAAAUUCAGAAAGUACUAUCCAAGUACGAGGAAAUGAAUAAAUCUUCAGGGAUUCCCGAGAAGCUAGAACUUGUAAUUAUGCCUAUUGUUGUUAAGCCUGAUGAAUCGCCUCACUUAGGCAAUGUAAAAGCCCUGAUACGAAAACCAGUGGGCUCUCGUGGUGGAGCCCUGGGAGGGAGCAAUGAUGACAUGAUGGAUGAUCUUGACGAGAUGAUCUUGGGUAAGAAAGCAGGUGGAACAUCUGAAGUGGUGCAUGAUACAAAAAACCAGCAAACAUCUCCAAAAGAUGAUCUGAUUAGCUUUUGA